AUGCUGCGCUCUUCUGUUGCACCGGGACGGCAGUUGUUGCUGUCCUCCGCUCGCCAACGGACCGCCCCCCAAUGGCUGUCCAGAGCCGGAGCAAGCAGCCGGCUCUCUGGUCAGAGAUUCUUUGCCGACUCUAAGCCCCCCACCACCGCUGCUCCUACGCCCGCGACUCCAUCCUCCGACUCGGUUGUGCCCCCCGAGACCGUUCCUAAGCCAUCAGCCAGCGAGCAAGGCUCCGAGAUCCCUACUCCUUCUCCCCCUGCUCGCAAGGGUGGACGCUUCCGACGAUUCCUUCUGUACUUGCUACUUACUUCCGGAUUCGCAUACGGCGGCGGCGUUUUCCUAGCUCUGAAAUUUGAUAACUUCCAUGACUUCUUCACAGAAUACAUUCCGUAUGGUGAAGAGAGUGUUCUGUAUUUCGAAGAGCGCGACUUCUACCGUCGAUUCCCGAACACCCUGAGGAACCAGAACCGCCUUCCCUCUAGCCCAAGGGAUGAAGGAAACAAGAUCACCAUCCCAAGCAAGAGCGGACUUACCUCCAAGGUCGCCGAGGAGCAAACUUCAGGAACCGACGUCUCCCAGAAGGGUCCCCAUAUGAGCGCCAAUGCGGCCCAGAAGAGCUCCGAAGCUCAAAUCAAGGCUGCCAGUGCCAAGCCCGAGGAGAAGACUGCGACUGUGGUGAAGGCUAAGGAGACUAAGGCAGCCAAGGAGGAGGCGCCUAAGGCUGCUGAAAAGAAGGAGGAACCCAGACAACCAGCCCUCCCUGCUAUCACCCCUCUCGAGUUCGCCCACGUCAACGAGGGAGAUGAAGCCAUUGUUCAGGAGUUGGUGAAGACGUUCAACGACAUGAUCACUGUCAUCAGCGCCGAUGAGAACUCCGGCAAGUUCUCGGCACCAGUCGCUAAGGCCAAGGAGGAGCUUCAGAAGGUUGGGGAGAAGAUCAUCGCUGUCCGCGAAGAAGCACGUCGUGCUGCGAAGGAGGAGAUCGACCAGGCCCAUGCCACUUUUGAUGAAUCUGCUCGCGAGCUCAUCCGUCGCUUCGACGAAAUGCGUGCGUCCGACGCUGCCCAGUACCGCGAAGAGUUCGAGGCUGAGCGUGAAAAGCUGGCCUAUGCUUACCAGGAGAAGAUCAGAACGGAAUUGCAGAGAGCUCAGGAGGUAGCUGAGCAGCGCCUCAAGAAUGAGUUGGUUGAGCAAGCCAUUGAGCUUAAUCGCAAGUACCUUCAUGAAGUCAAGGAGCUCGUGGAGCGGGAACGCGAAGGUCGCCUCAGCAAGUUGAACGAACUGACCGCCAACGUUAGCGAAUUGGAGAAGCUCACUUCUGGCUGGAGAGAUGUCAUCGACAGCAACCUCAAGACCCAGCAACUGCAGGUGGCUGUCGACGCUGUGCGCUCGGUCCUUGAGCGCUCUGCCGUCCCUCGCCCAUUUGUGCGAGAGCUUGUCGCUGUGAAGGAGUUGGCCGCUGAAGACCCUGUGGUUGAUGCGGCUAUCGCUUCCAUCAACCCUACUGCCUACCAGCGCGGAAUCCCUUCGACUUCCCAGAUCAUCGAGCGCUUCCGCCGGGUCGCUGAUGAGGUCCGGAAGGCUAGCCUCCUGCCCGAGGAUGCAGGUAUCGCUAGCCACGCAGCUAGCUUCGUCCUGAGCAAGGUCAUGUUCAAGAAAGAUGCUGUUGCCGGUAGCGAUGAUGUCGAGAGUGUGCUGUGCCGGACCGAGAGCCUUCUGGAAGAAGGCAACCUUGAUGCCGCUGCGCGUGAGAUGAACAGCCUCAAGGGAUGGGCUAAGAUCCUGAGCAAGGACUGGCUCGGAGAUGUUCGCAGAGUGCUGGAAGUUAAACAAGCUCUGGAGGUAAUUCUAACAAUAUCCUACGAAUCCUCAUGUCUGCUUUCACUCGCGGACGAUACCCCUUUCCUAUCCCGCGGGACGGACCACCUCGUCACCAUAGCUCUGAUGUCGCCGAAGGCCGAUGAAUCCACCUUACCCUCACCUCAUUUACCUAGAACCGAUGAAACGCGGUCGCAAUUGCCCCUGCGCUUCAACACUUCGAAUGAUAUUUCCGACCGACGAAAGGGUUUGCAAAUGGACGAAGGACAACCAAGCGGGGAGCUAGAGGGCAGCACGCUCGGUAGCAGCUCUCGGGAUGGCGAGAAAGGAGGCCGGUCCCAGCGACGGACACCCAGCUCCGGCGGAUUUUUGGUCGAUUCAUCAUUUUUACCUAGAUCGAAGAGCCUAAGGACAAGUCAUUACCGCCCCCGCCGUUCAGAAUCCGACCGUAAGGAAAAGCGUGAAGCGCCCGAACCUGACCUGGUGGUUCCCAAAAAGCGAUCGCGAUUCCCUUGGAUUCGGUCAAAAGAGCCUAAGACAUCGCAGGCGGAUCAGACAGAAGCCACGGCACCGGAGGAAACAUCUGCUGCUUCGCGUGUGGAACAGGAUGCAGCAUCACAGGAGUCACACACGGAGGCGACGGAAAGUCAGGCCCCCGUGGGUCUGGAUCGAGAUUCUCUCCAGAUUGUGAAUCUUGCAUUGAAUCUCAGCGAGUCGAGGAAGAGAAACAGCCUGGGUCGUUCCGCUUCAACCCGUCUUUCAGGGGGCAAAUGGAAUUUGUCAACUGUAAACGACCUUGGACAUGGAGGCCCUCAGAAUGGCCGCAAUGCCAUGCAAACACUAGGAGACGAUCGUAUCAGGACAGUUGGAGCCAACCAACUAGGUCUACCAUCGAUCCAUGCUCCGUCUUCUGUGGCAAGUCUACUUCCUCAAUCUGCCGGAUCGGAAGCCUUGCCGCAAGGGUUCUCAGAGAGCACUCUGGCUCGAGCUGAAAAGGCUCGUCGUCAUUUUGAGCUGUUCUCGGAAUAUCUACGACUGCUCCCUUCCCUCCCCCCUCUGGCGCGGGUCGACAGUCAUACUACAGAUUCAGCAUCCUUCGAUGGCAGCAGCCAUCCAUCAUCCCGUGUCUACAAUCCUCUUCAAUGUAUUCGCAACCGGAAAGUGAGAUUUCGAGAGCGAUGUGCGAUAGACACGGGGGCAGAGGGCUGGUACGAUACUGAGAAGGUACAUCAAUGGGUUGAUUCGGUAGAAGCUCAGCACAGCCAACAUAAACACAGUCCCCUGGAAUGUCUACAGCUUCCAUCAUUCCAUAGCUGUAGGGAGACUAAGCCGUGUGAGGAGGUGGACGAAGCCGAUUAUCUUGCUGUCUCCCCUCCUUCAAGCCUGAGACGUGCCAGCCGCGCUAGUAGUGUCAAGGCACGCCGACCACGGUCAGACUGGAUCAUUGGCCCGGCAGAGUUCCUUGCCGACGCUGCAUGGAUUGAACAAGGGAAGAAUAAGAGUAAGAUUGUUGACAGAGAUGGGAAUCACCUCUAUCCGGAUCCCUCGAUUUUGAUAACUCCCGAUGCCAACCAGGCAACCACUGGACAUCCGGAGCAGCUACAAGACAACCGGAUGUCCCUGGAUUCGGAACAUCCCAUCUCCCGCACCUCCUUAUCCGAUGCUCGUUCUGGUCUGGCGACAGAGUUCAAAAGGGUCGGACGUGGGCGGCGACGGCACAGGUUUAGGAGCUCUGGCCGUAGCGGGCAUGGUAGCGAUGUGGCAGGGAAAGGGACGGGUUCCAAGAGGCACAAGCUUGGAUUGCUGUCAAGUAGCUCUUCAAGCAUAUCUAGUGCUGAUGGGCGAUUAUACCGGCAUUCCCCUAUGUACAAUGCCCUGUCCUCCGAGAGGGACGCUUCCCCACUUCCCGACGCCACACGUCUUCGAGCCUCCGGGGCGGUCUCUGAAGAAGAUGACAGCGCCGUGGAUACCAGACUGACGCCAACCCACGACACCUUUCCCCGUUAUAAGUCCGGAAGGUCUCCUGCCUGGGCCCUGUCGGAGGGAAAGCGAAGCUCUGUAUCCUCCAUCCCGAGCGUCGAUGAUCGAUACGACCCUCUUACAAACUUAGCGACUGCAGAAAGCAGAUCGCCCGAACUGCAUGCGCAGGUCGGUGUUUUCCCGAGCAUCGCAGCUAACUUAUCUCCACCCUCGAGUCGUUCACCGUCCCCUUCGAAAGGCCGUUUCUCCCGGGCUAUUGGCUCUCGGCAUGAGCGAAGCAAGAGUAAUAUCCGGGCGAAAGAUGUAGCGGAUGACAGCCCCCUGGAUUUGGCAGCUUUGCGCAAGGAUAGCUUGUCCGCACAUCUCGAGGACAUUCCUCACGCCAGCAGGCUGGAACCAAGCCCGAUCCCCGAUCGGGUCUCUUCGUUAUAUCAAGAAGACCAAUCAAGGAUACACUCGCAGAAUUGUAAAGACGCAUUACAGCCUGAAUCCAAACUACGGGGAAUCUUCAAGGGGCCCGGAAAGAUUGCGGAAAAGGUGGGCAACGAGAUGUCCAAAGUAGGGGAUCUAAUCCUGAAGAAGGAUACCUUCCCACACUCGCGGAGGUCUUCUGUUUCCAGCACAAGCUCUUCCGAUUCCAAUUCCUUGGACAAUCUGGAAGAAGCUCGUGGUGAUAAGGUAUCUGGCGCCAAGUCUCUCUUGCGCCGUUUCCCCACGUUCACCGAUGAUGCCAGUCGAGCUUCACGCAAGAAUCUGGAGAAGUUGAAUGCGAAGAACAAUGUGUCCUCGGCCGGGCAGGAAGAGCAUCGACUCUCUGAAUACAACAGUCCUCCCAGGCCCGGUGCCGACGCCAGUACGGUUGACCCCCCGAGAGAGGCUGGUGGGUUUUCUACAUCUCUUCAUGCGCCAAUCGCUCGUCACGAGAAGUUGAGAUUUGGUCCUGAGCUUCAUACUGUCCGGGAGCAAUUCAAAAGGGGCAAUAUCAAAGAUGCUGGGGUUCCCUUUAGCCUCACGAGGCCUCCUGUCACAGGCCUUGCACAAGCGAGAGCGGACACUACGUCCUGUUCCCAGGAAAGACGCCCCAAGCUGUCCAACCAGUCGAGAAGCUGGAGCAUAUCUAAUCGCAGCCUCUCGACUUCGCUAGUUGUUGGUGUUCCUGGGAAACGGGAAGUUGAACGGACCCGAGCCCUUCUCCUUUCUUCAGGAAUCAAGGCCCGCGAGAUCACUCGCCGGGCAGACUGUGUGCGACACCCGCCGCCAGAUUUUCUUCGGCGCGCAUUUGACAUGGAAACACCCAUCCCACAGGUGACCCGGCUUUAUGAGCAUGAAGUGGCAGCGCAAGGUCUACUCAGACGGUUUGAAAAAACACAUAGUUUGUUCCAGCAAUCUAUGGACAACUUUUCCGGCUCCAUUUCGUCGCCUUUGAAAUCCCAAUUGAGCAGACUCGAGGACAUAGUGAACGACACCAUUUCCCCACGAGUCCAGGCAGCCACACAAGAUGCGGAAGACCUAAGCAUCCAGCUGAACACGACUAGCACCCUUGCGUCCGGAGGCGCCAUCGCCGGCUGCGCUGGAUACGGCGCACGGGAUUCGUGA